AUGGACCAGUCAGUUUAUGGAUUGGUAUACAAGAGAGCACGUGAGGAAGAGAGGACGCCCGCCGACAGACUGGGACGAGGAGUUGAAGAAGACCUACGGGGGAGCAGCCUGGAAGAGAGCAGCAUUGGAGAGGAAAGAGUGGAAAAGGAUGGGACAGAUUCAAUACCUAAUGUGAACAAAGAAAAAAAAAGUAGCUCGAAACAAUCCAUGAGGAAGCCUCUACACAACAAUGAAUGGCUCAAUAGUAGGCAACAGACCACGCAGGAGGCCAAUGCCAGAUGGAUAGGUAGAAUCAACAAAGAUGAUGCACAACUGCAUUCAGUAAACUGGAAAGUAAUAGCCAAAGAAAUGCAGUAGCGGAGAAGCCUGCUCUAUAAUCAACAAGGUCGUUAAAACCCAAGGUUAACAACUACUCUUUAGUCACCAUAUAAAAGAUAUAUUUUGUAUAAAAUGUUACAUUGCAAAUCAAAAAAAUAUAAACAACGUGAAAGAAACGUAUAUUGAUUUAAAUGAUUAAUUUCUACUUUCAUUUAUCUAUCUAUAUAUGUAAUAUACAG